AUGGAGUACUGGUCAUUCUCUAAGCCUUCUUUUUCCUCUUCCUCUGCCUCUCCUCCUGAUCCUGCCGCUCCUCCUUCUUCUCCUUCUCAUGUGUUCCUCAGCUUCAGAGGCGACGACAUAGGCAACAGUUUUGCUGGCCAUCUUCAAGCUGCUUUAACCAGGAAGAACAUUAAAAUCUGUGCCCAGAAAGCCAUUGAGGAAGCCAAGCUUUCUGUGGUCAUUUUCUCUCAGAACUACGCUUCUUCCCAAGAGUGUUUGGACCAACUUGGGAAGAUCUUGGAGUGCAGGUUAAAACAUGGCCAAAUUAUAGUGCCUGUUUUCUACCAUGUAGAUCCGUCUCAUGUGCAAAACCAGACUGGGUGUUUUGCUGAUGCUUUUGUCCACCGCGAGAAGGAGCUUAAGGAAUCGUCGCUGAGCAAGGUCCAACAUUGGAGGUUUGCUUUGGCUGCUAUAGCCAAGAUCUCUGGCUGGGAAUGUUCAUCUAACAGGUCAGAAGCAGAAUUGGUAGAGAAAAUAGCUGAAGAUGUGUCACAGAAGCUAAAAGCGAUGCAUAUAGGCGGGUUGGAGGAGAAGAUCGAAAUGCUGAAGCAAACGGCACAAGCGAAACUAGAGAGGUCUUUAAGAACAGGGACGCCAAACGACAUGCAGGAUCUGGGCAAAACGCUAGAAGAGCUCGCUGAUCUAAAACUACAGAAGGCUCUGCGUACAGAUGACCAAAAAGACUGGGAGGAACUCAAUACGACAAAUCAACGCCUUCUGGGAUUGAAACAGCAAAUCUUCGUUCGUGGAUGUCAUCCAAAAGCCAGCGAGGAUUUCAUAGCCACGCAAGAUCGAAUUUCGCAGAUCAUAAAUGAGCAAGAAAACCGUAGGCGCGGCUUGUAUCGUGGAGUAUAAAAUUAAAAUAUAUAUAUAUAUAUAUAUGUAACUUGUCAUUUAAAUUAUAUAUAUAUAUACACUAUUAACUAUUCAUCGUCUUUCUGAGAAUUUGUAAUGCGAUAUGUUUCCUUUCCAAACUUUGUCUUGCGUGUUGCUUGUCUUGGACAAGUUGGAAUUUCCCUCAAAAUCACAUCAAGAUAUAGACACUGUAUAUACGGGUCUUCCUUUGCGGCCGAACUUGAUUCAUUCAAGACUGUUUUUGGAGUUAGUUCAA